AUGCGCAUCUCCGCCGUCUCAUUGGUGCCCCCGCCCCACGGCGGGUUCAACCAGAAGAACAAGCACGGCUUCACCAACGUCAUUUCCGUUCCGAAAACACGCGAAGCCGACGCGGACAGGCUCGUGCGGAGUCACGAGCGAUGGGUCAACUCGACGCACGUCGUGGGGCCGGAGGGGGACGAGGACGACUUCGGACACCCGCGGCUGCUCGAAUACUACGUCACGAAGGGACCGGAGGUGGUCGGCGCCCUGGACCCUCGCAGCGACGGAAAUGCCACCGGUAACGUGGUUUACGUGUUCAACUUAAAGUUCGUUUCGCGGUUCGGCGUGGAUCAGCACUUCCGGAUGAGCUCCGAGGGGUGGGGCGACCACGAGCUCCUCAUGGACAUGAUGAGAGAGCACAGCAGGUUCUUCGACCGCUGCGGUCGCAUCGUCGCCAACUACGUCGACGACGCCCCCGCGUGCACCGCGCGUAAGGGCGACAGGGCCACCAACGUCAUCCUGAGGGUGCCCGCCAGGGACGAGUCCACCGCGGAUGCGCUGAUCCGCGACCACCAGCAGCUGAUGCGCCGGACGCACCACUUCACCACGCAGCUCGACUACGACGAGCUCCGGCCGAGGAUCACCCAGUACCAGGUGUCCAAGCACCUCGUGCGAGAGGAUCCUUGGGACACCAGGUCCGCUCUGACCGGCGACGUCCACUACUGCUUUCACACUACGUUUGUGGACGCGCUGGGCAUCAGGGGACACAGGAACGUGGCGCAGAUAAACCCGGAGGUGUAUCAGCGGAUGACUCCGUUCUUCCUCAAGUACGGCGUGCACGCGGACGUGGAGAACCACGCGGUGUUCGCCAACAUGCAGCGGCCCAACUUUGUGUCCAACAUCAUACGCGGCGUCGGCAAGCUCUUUGUUAAAACCGAGCAGGACGUCGCGCUGCAGGAGUUCGAGGCGAGGCUCAACCAGCCGAGGUUAUGACGGCGGCGGUGAGGUCGUCGUGCCUCGGAUUGGAGGGGGAGACUAUAUUUGAUUUCACGUCGCGACGACAAGAGGGUCGCGAUGCUCUGUAUUGCCUGCAUGCUAAUGCCACUGUUGUUGUAACACUUAAAGUACCUUCGUAGUCUA